GCCCGUCGCCGCGGUGACCGUCCUCGCGGCCCGUCGGCUCGCGCCCCGCCUCCGUUCCCGCCGCCCCCUCCCCUGUCGCGCGCCGUAGGGGGUGCUGCUCGCUCCUCCCGAUUCCCGCCGCGUUCGCUGCUGCUCCUCCUCUCCCGGGCGUCGCGGCCGCUGCCUCUGCGGGCUGUAUGAGGAGGAGUAGGAGGAGGAGGAGGAGGAAGAGGAGGAUGUGAAGAUGGCGGAGCUGCAGAUGCUGCUGGAAGAGGAAAUCCCGGGGGGCCGCCGGGCUCUCUUCGACAGCUACACGAAUCUGGAGCGGGUGGCCGACUACUGCGAGAACAACUACAUCCAGUCACCAGAUAAGCAGCGAGCUCUAGAAGAAACCAAAGCGUACACCACUCAAUCCUUAGCAAGUGUUGCAUAUCUGAUAAACACCUUGGCCAACAAUGUCCUACAGAUGCUGGAUAUUCAGGCAUCGCAGUUACGGAGAAUGGAAUCUUCAAUCAACCAUAUUUCACAAGUGAGACCUUGUUAAAUUUGUUUGCUUAUGAGCAACACACUGCCUAU